AUGAUGAUGAAAUUACAGCAAUAUGACUCAACCAUCGUUUAUAAGAAAGGGUCAGAGAUGCUGCUAGCUGACACACUCAGUCGUCACCAUUUAGACAACUCCACCGACGAAGCACGCAGCGUCGACAGCGAUCUCGACCAAGUGGACAGUUUGGACGAAAUCAACGAAAUACUAAAUUGUGAAACAGCAACCAUAUUCCAAGAUCACACAACGAAAGAUCAAGACCUACAGCAAGUCAAAUCAUUCAUCCAGCCAGCCAGGAUGGCCCGAAAGCUCCAAAGAUCUAUUUCCAACAAUUACCCCGUACAUCCGUCUACGAGACGAAUUAACCACACAAGACGGCCUCGU